AAGAAGAAGAAGAAGAAGCAUCCUGAACUGCCGGGUAGUUCAGUUGUCCGGGAAACCCGUCUUGUACCCUGUACCGGGCACUUCGUUUUAAAAACGUUUCUGUGGACGUUUCUUGUAUCAUCAGAUACAUGUCUGAACCGUGGAGCGUUUAGCUUAGCAAGACAGAUGACACGCUAGCCGGCCGCGAGCAUUUAGAUAUCAAGUAACUAACGUUAGCUUAAGCGGUCUUUAGCCGCGGUUAAAGCUUAUAGUUCGGUGGACGUUAGCUAAACUCCAACAUGACCCAACAAGCUGCUGCUCUGCAGACCUACAACAAUGAACUUGUCAAGUGUAUUGAGGACCUGUGCUCCAAACGGGAGGAGUUGAACCAUCAGAUCAAACAGGAGGACGAAGAGAAGGAACGACUGCAGCACGACAUCCGAAUCCUCUCAGAGAAGCUGAGCAGAGUCAACGAGAGCCUCGCACAAAGACUCGCCGCCCGCGCCACCUUUGACCGCACCAUCGCAGAGACAGAGGCUGCAUACACCAAGAUCUUGGAGAGCUCCCAGUCUCUUCUGAGCGUCCUGAAGCAGGAGGCAGGAAACCUGAGUAAAGCCACAGAGCCCCGGAGGAAAGAUCACUAAUGGCAAUAAAAGGUCAACAAACUCUCGUUUGGACCACAACAGCGAUACUUGACUCUGCACUUUUAACAGUUUAUACUCCACUCUGGACUCAUUGAAAUACAUUUAAUUGAUUUAUUGUACAUUCCUUAUUCUAAUAAAUGUGUUUCUUAUCACUCC